AUGUAUAUACGUCUUAUUUGCGUAAAGCCUAACAAGCUGCUCGGCAACGGAGAAGCAGAUAUUACAUUUGAAAAACUUGGCAUUUAUAAUAUUGAAGACUCGAAAACAUCUGAAGUCAAUGCGCUAUUAUGUACUGCAUUUGAUGGUAUUAGCAACGCAACACGAACAACCUGCUCAACAGUUUCCUAUAUUGAACGCGCAAAACUGUCAAUACUCGGUGGUACAACUGGUGCAAAAUUUACGACAAUAUUAACAAAAGUCGCUAAUAAAAUCGGUUAUGAAGGUUUACAUAAUCGCUUUACAUUUUAUACGACGGAAGCAGUUGCAGGAACCCGGCCACAACAUCUAAGAUUUUUAGUAAAAAAUCCAGCUGUCCCGUCGUUGACACAUUUACUCACUGUUGUACACUGUUUUGAAAAUGUAGUGUAUCAGUUUGAAAAAAAUGAUUUCGAUAAUGAAAAAGAAUCAUCAAAUUUGAGACGACCGAUUAAUUAUAAUGAUGAUCGUUCAUCCGCACAUUUUAUAUUAUUUAAUCGAGUAGCCGAUCAUUUCGAUACUGAUAUUCCGUCGUUAGCUGUUGCUUGA